CUGUCCAUCGCUGCUAUAGUCAAGGGUCACGUAACGGGCCUAACAAUACUCAUUUUAGGUAAUUGGAAUGGACGGGUAUCCUGGAAACUAACAUUCAACAAAGGCGGAUGUAUUGAUUUUGGCCAGGCACUGCUGAAAGCUGCUGAAAUGGCGCGAAGCUUCCGUCCGUACAAUGCUCCACCACCAUACGCUCCACCGCCAGGGAACUACUAUGCCGCACCACCAGCUUACUAUAUCCCAUCCGGAGGAAUUUACAAUGGUUUUGUGGCUCCUUUGAAUGCUUUUCCCGAACAACCUCCAGCUGGUGGCGUUUACAUGUAUGAAGCACCACCACCGUAUUCUGGUAUUGGCCCAGAUCAUCCACCAGUGCCAGCAGGGCAAUUGCGUGACUCAGAAGUGAUUCCAAGCGCUCCGCCGCAUCUCCAGCAAGCACCACCAUUGCCCACAAAAACUUGA